AUUUACAAUAUUUGUCACUCAAUGGUGUCUUUCAGUGUCCAAACAAAAUAUUUGUUAAAUAAUUUACACAAUUUUGAACUACGUUAAUGCACUUAUUUAGUUACUUUUAUUCAGAUUAUGAUAAAAAUACUGACGCGGGCACUUCCGAGUCGGAGUUUAGUGACGUCAUGUGUCCAGUGGAAGGGAGCUCCGCCGGCUAAGGGCGCAGAUCAGAAAGAUGGUGACUGCAAGGACAAAGACAAGAAGAAGCCUGAGGCUCCUCCGGAGAAGCCGAAGAUAAACCCGGUGCGGACCUUCAAAGUGUACCGCUACAGCGGAGACCCAUCCCAGAAGCCGCGCCUGCAGAGCUACCAGGUGGACGUCAGCACCAUCGGACCCAUGGUGCUCGACGCCAUGAUCAAGAUCAAGGACAUGGACCCGACGUUCGCCUUCCGGCGCUCGUGCCGCGAGGGCAUCUGCGGCUCGUGCGGCAUCAACCUGCAGGGCCACAACUGCCUCGCGUGCGUCACGCCCAUCCCCCGCGCCGCCACCGUCACCAUCCACCCUUUACCCCACAUGUACGUGCAGAAGGACCUGGUUGUUGACUACUCGCACUUCUUCGCCGGCUACAACAGCAUCCGGCCGUACCUGAUCCGCCAGCAGCCGCCGCCGCACGGCCAGGGGCAGUACGCUCAGAGCAUAAAAGACAACAAGAAGAUGGUGGGCUUAUACGAGUGUGUUCUAUGCGCGUGCUGUUCCACGGCCUGCCCCAGCUACUGGUGGAACGGGCGGCGGUUCCUGGGCCCGGCGACGCUGCUGCACGCGUACCGCUGGGUCAUCGACUCCCGCGACGAGGACACGACGCGGCGCCUGCAGCAGCUCCGGGACGACUUCAAGGCGUUCCGCUGCCACACCAUCCUCAACUGCUCGGUGGCGUGCCCGAAAGGCCUGUCGCCCGGCACCCACAUCGCGCACCUUAAACGUCUCAUCGCUGGCCUAGACAAGAAGCCCAACCCUGACAUGGAACCCAUGUCGCUGAUGAAGGACAAGAAAACCUGCUGAUGUGUCCAUAAUAUAUCGCUUGAUAUUUCGGAUCAGAUGUUUGUAUAUUAAAUUGUUAUUUAAAUAUUA